UCUAGCCAUUAUCCCCGCUUCCGUGAGAGCUGACAGGUCCCAACACAUGCACUUUCUCUCGCUCACAUGGCAGCCGCCGAAAGGAGCCUGCUUUUGGGAGGUUAGGGGGAAGGAGCUACGCCCGAGUGGCACUAGAGCACUCAAACCACGAGUUCAGAAAGGCGUCACUUUUGCGAGUGCUCCUGCCCCUGCUGCAAACCAGGCACGAGCACAUAUGGGGCCACUCAAAAUGGCCACCACUUCGUGUUGGCGUCUAUUCUCCUGGUGAAUAACCCUAACUUCUUACACCAUCGGCCACGUCUCCGCAUCAUCGCCCUUGUUCGUCGUCCAGACGAGACUGGAGGCGUCGACGUGGCGCACGUCCUACGCACAUGAUGAAACGCACGAGGACUGGCAUUAGUAGGUCAGAAGACCUCAAGGAAAGCUAGCGUCCUCAGCUCCUUACGAAACCGAGGCAUUUUAAAAUGACAAGCACGCAAACGUUCGCCAAGACUCGGCGUCUCGUCGGCCGUGCAGAAUGGCACCUCGCGAACACGUCGCCGUUGGUCUCUUCCUCUACAACUGCCUCAGAGCGAGGCGACGACAGGAUGGACCGCUGGAGGCUGAUUGCGUUACAAGGCCAGUUAGAAAAAGCACAGAAGACGCUGCAGGGUAUCGAUCACCGCACCACCCGGGAGGAUGCUGAUGAAGCUGCUCGCCUUCGAGCUCGGCUGGGAGAACUGUACCAUCAGGUGCAAACUCUGUCAAGGGCCCUGCGAGCAGGCUUUCCCGCCACAACAGGUAGUGGCUCCAAUGGCCAUAGGUCUUAUUCAUCCUUGGCGGCGGUAGACACACUUGCACGAUCAUCCACAGCUCCCCCAACAAGCACAUCCAUUUACGCAUCCUUGGCGGCCGGGCUUGGAGGCCUGUCCGACGAUUCGUCCGAGGGGGAAGAGUCGUGCCGCAGCACCUCCCGUAUUUCCUUGUUCGCAGGGAGCAGCGGCGUGCAAUUUCUUCCUCGUCCACGUCGACGUACGCGUGUGCUAGCAGGGCCUGAUGCUUCAGCCAUCGACACCGCCGUAUCCCUAGCGCCGACGGCGACCGCUGAUGGAAGCUCGACAUCGGCUGGCGCCAGCUCGAGCGCGACGGCCGCCACCACCGCUACGCAUGACUCACUGCGCCAGCGAAGAGGCGCAACACGAGAGGCCGAUGCGGCCGAGAAGCUUAGCGAAGACGCAGUCGCUGCCGAGUACGGCGCGGUGCCGGUGGCCCCCGCCGGAGCCGAGAAGGACAUAUAUCCGCCGCCGCGCACCGAGCGAGGCGACUCUUCAGAUCCGGCGACGUCGACGCUGCUGCAGUCUAGCCGGGCCGUGCAAGAGUCGCUAUCGGGCGAGCUGCUGCGCAUGGCCUCUAUCCUCAAGAAGAACAGUUUCGCGUUCGCCGAUGCGCUCGAGCGCGACCGCAAGCUCGUAGAGACCGCCGGCGAGCAGCUAGCACAGAACCUGGGCCUGAUGACGCGCGCGCGCGGCAGAUUGGGCGAGUACAGCAAGACGGCGCGAGGCAUGGGAUGGAUGACGCUCGGAUGCCUGCUCACCGUGCUUGUCAGCUGGAUCUGGGUGUUUGUGCUUAUAAAGCUGACAUAGCAUAGUAUGAUUUUUUGUCCCUCAGAACGAUGUUAAUGAUGAUGAUGGUGGUAGUGACUUUGUACAAAUAC